AUGGGCCCCCACGCAGCGCCCUCCUCCGCUGCGGACCAAUCUAUGCGCCUGCUCAGUACGUCAUUCAGGUCGCACUUGAGCUCCUUCAGCGCCUCGUCUCCCAUCGCCGAAGCUGCCAUCGCGCGCGACAUCGAAGACGAAGCCGAGCAAGCGGGCGCGCUGCAAGAUGACGAUGACGACGACUACGAUUCAGCUGGCUGGGCAAUCAAGCCCUCCGACCACUCGCUCGCCGAGGGAUACCACCGCCCGAGCUACGUCGCUGCCGGACCGCGCGCCGCCGUCGUCCAGAACUCAUCCGUUACCGAGCAUGGAUAUCUAACCAAGCGCGAAGCCGAAGAGGCGCGGAACGACGAGCGCAGUCUUUUGCGCGACAAUUCCCUUCUCCCCCCAAAGCACCCGCGCCGGCGCUCCAGCGGCGGCCAGUCCUCGUUCCAAGGCUUGAGCGCGCGCCUCUCCAUUCCCCGGCUCCGUCGGAGCAUUGAUGAGGAGGCUGCGGUAGACGAUGCCGUUGGCAACGGCAUAGCCGAUCUGUCAGAGCGCACUGCGCUGCUGGGCGCUUCAAGGGAAGCGGACCCCUCCAAGCCUUAUGGUGGUUUGGAUACGCCGGAAAAUAUCAGCAAGAGGUGGGAAGAGGCCGUGACAGCUGGAAUCAUCCAGACCACUUGGCAGCGUGAGGCAAAGGUGCUGGCGAAGUAUUCUCCUUCGCUUAUCUUGACUUUCUUGCUGCAAUACUCCUUGACGGUUGCGAGUAUCUUCACUGUUGGUCACAUUGGAAAAAUCGAAUUGGGCGCUGUCAGCUUGGCCAGUAUGACGGCUUCGAUCACCGGCUACUCUGUUUAUCAGGGCCUUGCCACUAGUCUGGACACGCUCUGCGCUCAGGCUUAUGGCUCGGGCCACAAGACGCUGGUCGGACUGCAGCUGCAGCGCAUGGUGUAUUUCCUGUGGACCAUCACCAUUCCAAUUUCGAUCAUAUGGUUCUUUGGCACUCAGAUUCUCGAGGCCAUUGUGCCCGAGAAGGAGACCGCGAAAUUGGCGGGACUCUACCUGAAAGUCCUCAUUGCUGGAGCACCGGGUUACGCUGCUUUCGAAAGUGGCAAGAGGUUCGUUCAAGCGCAAGGUCUAUUCUCAGCAACUUUUUACGUGCUGCUAAUCUGCGCUCCAUUGAACGCCUUCAUGAACUGGUUGUUCGUUUGGAAAUUUCAAUGGGGUUUCGUCGGUGCUCCUAUUGCUGUCUCGGUCACGGAGAACCUUAUGCCGCUGUGCCUUUUCCUCUACGUGCGCUUCGUGGAUGGCAUGCAGUGCUGGGGUGGCUUUUCGAGGUUGGCCCUCAGGAAUUGGGGCCCAAUGAUCAGACUCGCUCUUCCCGGGCUCGUCAUGGUGCUGGCUGAAUUUUUGGCCUUUGAAAUCUUGACCCUGUCUGCAUCCUGGAUUUCGACCACGCAUCUUGCCGCACAGAGUGUCCUCAGCACUCUCACUGCCAUCACCUACCAGAUCCCCUUCCCGGUGUCGAUUGCCGCCAGCACGCGUAUUGCAAAUCUCAUCGGCGCCACGCUCUCUGACGCGGCGAAGACGGCCGCUAAGGUCGCUUUCGUGGCAGAGGUCGGCAUUGGUAUCCUGAACGUCGUGCUCCUUUCCUCGCUCCGAAACUAUAUUCCGCAGCUGUUCACCAACGACGAAGACGUCAUUGAAGUCGUGGCCUCUAUCCUUCCUUUGUGCGCCGCGUUUCAGCUGUUCGAUGCUCUGGCAGCUUGCUGCGGUGGUAUUCUGCGCGGCAUCGGUCGUCAGGAAGUCGGUGGCUACGUCAACCUCAUUUCUUACUACCUUAUCGGCCUGCCUAUCAGUUUUGGCACCGGAUUCGGCUUGGGAUGGGGCUUGUACGGUCUGUGGGCGGGUCCCGCUCUUGCGCUCGGCAUUGUCGCUUUUGUUGAAUGGGUAUUCAUUUACAAGACUAGCUGGGAAGCUGCGGUCGAAGAUGCACAGAAGAGAAACGCCAUGGGUUAG